ACAGCUGGUUAGCGGUACUCUGUUCCCCAAUUAUCUGCUCCCCUUUUGUGUUUUUAUCAGAUUUACGCCACAUGUCUGUUUCCAAUACAAAUUUUGUUUGUUUCUUUAUUAUUUUAAUAAGAAAUUCAUAAAGCACAACAAUAAGCAGCGUAUGAGUGACGCGAUUAUGUAAAUUAUAAGAAAAUAACAAAGUAUAUAAUCAUUAAAAUUCUAAAGGAAAUCUUCGUCAAACUCAACAAAAUUUUAAAUAAAAAGAAUUUAUUUGUAAUUUGUGCUUGUGCAAUUACUGCUUUGCUAAUAAACAAUUACAAAGGCAUGGAAAUGAGUGCUGCUAUGUUUGCCCGUGUUUCCUUCUAUCCCACACUCCUUUAUAAUGUGUUAAUGGAGAAAGCUACCUCACGCAAUUGGUAUGAUCGUAUCGAUGAGAAUGUUAUAUUGGGUGCUUUACCUUUCCGUUCACAGGCCAAUGAUCUUAUUAAAAAUGAGAAUAUGAAAGCUGUUGUCUCCAUGAACGAAGAUUACGAAUUGACGAUGUUUUCCAAUAAUGCUCCCAAAUGGCAAUUGUUGGGAGUAGAAUUUCUUCAGUUAGCCACCACAGAUAUUUUCGAAUCGCCUUGUCAGGAUAAACUGUAUAAAGGAGUAGAAUUUAUGAAUAAAUUUCUUCCUGCAAAUAAUCGUAUUAAGGGUUUGACUACCACAUCAAGUCCGGAAAAUGUUGGCACUGUUUACGUUCACUGUAAGGCUGGACGUACUCGCAGUGCUACGCUGGUCGGUUGUUACUUAAUGAUGAAAAAUGGUUGGACUCCAGAACAAGCUGUUGAUCAUAUGCGUAGCUGUAGACCUCAUAUCUUACUGCACACCAAACAAUGGGAUGCCCUUAGAUUAUUCCAUCAAAAUCACUUACAAAAGUCGUGACCUAAAAACAACAAUUAACAGGAAAUAUAAUUAUUUUAAGUGUGUUUUUCUUAUGCAGAAAGUUGUGAAUAUAUGUUGUAAUUUUUUGUUGAUUUUGUUAAAUAUUUUGAACGUUAUCUAAAUAACGAUAUGCAUAUUUAUGUACGUAUAUGCUGAGUAAAUAUAAGUACAUAUUUUCUUUAUUCGAACAACAUAAUAAAAAGUAUUUUUAUACUAUUUUUUGAAAAGCAAAAGUAAAA